GCCCUGUACCUACAGUCACCGCUGCAGAAGCUCGUCAACUGUCAGAGCUGUCCAACAAGGCGGGGGACAAGUUGGCAGCACAGCGCUAUGACCUCAUGGCGAAGCACCUGGAGGUUGCAGACAAGCCGCCACCUGAGCUGUCGGCACAUGCCCAGAUGCAGAAGGCUCACAGGGACGUUCAGCAGCUUGAGUCUCGAGCUGAAAAGGAUUUGCAGCGCCUCGCGAAGACUCGAGACCGUCUCAAGCUGGCGGACAAGGAGUACAAGGCUGCGCUGGUCAAGCUGCAGGCUGCGAAGGUCGAGCCCCAGAUGCAGUCAGCCACGCUCAAGCUGGGUGACCUCGUCUCGGGCAAGUUCAGCAUCGAGUCCUUCAUCAACUGCGACGACCUCCUCGAGGACUUUGCGGCAGGAGAG